GUAAUGAUUUGAAAUCAACUCUCCCCUCUGCGUCACCUUGUUGUUCCCCCAAGCUUUCUAUCAUCGGGUGUUAAUUUUGGAAACUAUAAGGUUAAUCCUUUGCUUAUUCGAAACGAAGGCCAGACCUUGAACCGCUCGGACACCAAAUUCAAAUUAGAAUCAACAUGUGGGAAAAGCUUUGCCUGCAAUGGUACCUUGAAUUGCCUAUACAGUGCCUUGCGCACACGAGCUGCUUUUCUCUUCGGCAAAAGAACAGCGUCUAGCUAUCCGAGGCUCUGAACACCUAGAAAUUUCAUCAGGACAAGUAUUAUGGCUCUGAUCAACGAGGUUGUCUUAGUGCCUCUACUCUCCAAGUUUGGCAUCCGUCCUGCGGAUCCCACAUUCGGUCGGUAUCUACUUCAUGAUACUGAAGAGGAAAAGAAGCAUAUAUCUUCCCAUUCGCAUAUUUCGAUUCGUCAGAGGAGGGUGUUUAUAUCGCCCUCCAAUGAGCCUGGUGUCUUUGUGAAGGUCGGGAAGGGUGAGGACGUAGAGCUGAAGGAGCACGAGUUGGCGGAUGCGAGGGGGAAAGAAUGGAUUUUCUACAAGGUCUGGGUUUCUGAGAGCGAGGAAGCGAAGAAAGGAAAGGCGAGAGGGUGUGACCUUGUUGUUUCCCAUGGGAUGUGUGACUAUAACGGGAAAUGGUCACCACAUGUCUCCUCUUUCCUGGAGAUGGGUUUCCGCGUUAUUGCGCCUGAUCUCGCUGCGCACGGUCGAUCGACCGGUACUCAUGUUUAUCUUCCUUCUGCUUUCGAUCUUACAGAAGGUCUACACGCUGUGCUCACUGACGUCGCACGUUGGAGUAACCCCCGUAAAACGUUCCUCGCUGGUACCAGCCUAGGUGGAUGGACUAGUCUGGCGUAUGCAUUGCGUUACCCGAACCCUCCUUCUCGACUGAGCGGCCUGUACUUGAUGGCGCCAUUAAUAGGAGUCGCGCCUGAAACUAUGCCCCCAUAUCCAAUUUAUCUUAUUGGAAUAGCACUUCGUAGCUUCCUUGGUCGCCUUCCUUUCACUCCAGCUGUGAAGGGAAACGUGAGUGAUGAUCCGAGGGUUGAGGAGGAGUGUUACGCCGAUGAACGUUGCUAUCACGGCGACUUGCGAAUAGCAACAGGUCUCGCGCUUCUUGAAGGCUUGAAAUCACUACUUCCUUCUGCUUCGAAAGUUGACUUCCCACUUCAUAUUUCGCAUGGGGCAAAGGACCGAGCGACGGAUCAUAAACGUUCGGUCGAAUUCAUUGCUGCGGUCAGAGCAGCUGCCAAAGAACGUGACAUAUCGGUAGAUGUAGACUGUAAGACCUGGGAUGGAUACGAGCAUGUUAUGUUGAAGGUGGGAAGGGAUGAUGAAGAUGAUGCUAAACGGCAGGCGGUUCUGGCCCACAUGAGGGAGUGGCUCUCCGACAGGGUGUAAAUGGAUUGAUUGAUGCCUGUUUGACCAAGGAGAAAGCCUGUGCUCUAUAUAAUAAUAUCCCGAGUCGACUACUGAACCCGGCAAGUCCGAGAUAGGGUUGGUAUGUUACUGUGAUCUGGAACAUCAACAAAUCAAGUGGAAUGAGGGUGAUGGCGUGGACGCUUAGGUAAUUAGGGGCUGUGGACAGAUUUCCAAAUAUGGCGUUUCCGCGUAGUUUUUGGAAGAUGCUCAGGCAAAUCCGGGUUCUCUCUGGCAUGGAGGCU